AUGCCGAAAACGGCCUCUGCAACCUCCAGCUCCGCUAGUGCGGCAGCGCCAGCCGAUGACGCGAACGGGCUUGCAAGCUGCAGGCCCCUUCGACCGCCGCCGGUUUUCUGCGAGGGCAAGGGUGAGGCAGCAGGGCAUCUCGCGCAUCCUUGUAGGAGGCGCAUGCGGCAUCCUCGCCAGUCCUCCACCCCCGCCUCCUCCCGCUCCAGCAGCCACUCCCCGCACACUGCCUCUGCUCACUUGGGCGCACAGCAACUUCAGCCUAGCGAACACGGAAACAACACUGCUAAAGUGCCCGUCAUUCCUUGGUGUGCGGCAUCUGCGCUGACGAGCGCGCCGACAGAGCUGUGGUCAGACGGCGUUGCGCUCGGUGCCCACCACUGCAGUGAUGACCAAGAACACCACCAGGCAGUCGCUACGGGCGGCUCCGCGGUGCUGGAGCACUACCACGUUCUCGAGCUGGAAGACCAGCUGCAAUAUUGGAGGCAGCGUGCGCUGCAGGUGGAGAAUCGGGCGCUGCGGCGCGAACGCGCGCUCCAGUCACGGUGGGAGGCGGAGUUUGCCGCCGCGCAGGUCUCGUCGGAUACGCUCACGCGAAAGCUACUCGACAAGCUGCGCCGCCUCCAAAAGCAGCUGCAUCCUCGGAAGAAAGCAGUGCAGCAGGCGGAGGGACAGGAACAGCAGUCGAGGAGUAGCAGUGCAUCGGUGGGCUCCACCUCCACAACGCCGAGCUUGUCCACCCCCGGCGACAGCGGUCACCACUGCGGCGGUGAGAGCGAAGGUACCUGCUGCAUCCCGGGAGGCUGUGACACGAACAACGUGACCUACCCGCGUAGUUGUGCCUCUCAGUGGGCAGAGGGUAACGCGUUGCUGCUAAACUCCCCCGCUGGGCGGCAACGGGAGCAACAGCAGCUGGACCGUAGCCGCAGUGCUGCAAAUGCCGCAGAGAGCUGUGCCACGUCCAAUGCAAAGUCGCGCGCAACGCUCCAGGCGCACCUCCGCGAUCUCUGCCGUGUCGUGCUUCGCUGCUUGUCGCGCAGCAGCGAACUGCGCGAGUGUCGUGCGGUGCUGUGCGGAAACUGCUCCCACAAUACCCACACGGCUAACAACGGUGAUCCCGAGGAACCGGAAACAGCGCGUGUGUUUCAGGCCCUCCUGGACGCGUCCAGUGGACGGCAAGCGAGCAACGCGCCACCGUCAUCGUCACUGGCGCACUCGCUGCCGGCGCUACAAAGUGCGCUCGAGCACCUCGACACAGUGCUGCGUACUUGUGUGGGCGACUUAGUCUUCGUCAGUAGCGGGCUCACAUCCACCUCCUCUGCUGCCUAUGCGCGGCAUCCGCAGCGGCAGCCACCAGGAGAUGAGCACCGCAGCACAGACCUUGAAGAGCAGCUCCGACAGGCCCGCGUCGCUCUUUACCGAGAGCAGCAGCGUCGUGCCGCGGUGCAGUCGGCCUUGGACGCCGCGAUGCGCGACAUGCAGGAUCUUGCGCAGGCGCAGCAGGACAACGUCUUGCAACUCAAGAUCGAAGCGCGUGUCGCGGCGGAGCAAGCACAGCAAGAGUACCGCGCAGAUCUGGAGCGCACGCGAGCAACCCUAGAAUGCGACGUCGUCGCGGCAACCCGUCGUGCCAGCGCGGCAGAGCAUCAGUCCAUGCUGCGCGCCCAACGAGAGACACACUGGCAGACGCGGCUCUACGCGUUGAAAGACGAGCGCGACAGCUAUGCCCGGGAAUGUGCUCUACUGAAGACCCAGCUGGAGCUCCUCCAGCAAGCUCGCAACGCAACGGCAGCAGAGCGGCCGGGACAGCAGCGGGAGGGCGUCGACAAAGCCGUGUGGUCGGUGGCGCCAAGGGAUGGAGCGGAAGCGAAAGCAGCGACAGCGGCGGCGUACGCGUUGGGGGUGCCGCCAGUGGACACCUCCUCAUCUGCGCCGCGCGUCACGUGGGCUGACGCACAGAUGGAUCGACCGACAACCAUCGGCCAGCCCAGCGGGUUCGCUGACCCGUCAUCGGUGUGUCGCAGCCCCAGCCGAUCACUGAGCUACUCACCUUCGCCGAGUACAGAUAAGGCACUAAAGGAUGCACCCGGAGCACGCGCAGACGACACUGCAUGGACCCACGGAGCGCGGCUGACAAGUAGCGCCAGCAAGACGGCGUCUGGUGCGCCGCGGCUUCCGUCGGUCUUUCCCAGUUCUCCCAUGGUCGUUGUACAGCCGUCGGUGCUUGCGGCGGCAGAGGGCGAUGGUGAUGCCGAGGUGAACGCGCUGGCGCAGCGACCCUACGGCGACAAGAACAGUGCAGCAAGGGACAAGGCUGGCGUGCCUGUCAACGGUGAGGCACUGGAGCAGGCCCACUUCACCUCCUGGAGCGCACCGUCGAGACAGCAUACCUCCACGGCCGUCGUCGGCACACCGUUGGCGAAGAUGAAGGCAUGGGAAGAAAAGUUCAAGGCCAUCUUGAACUAUGCGUGA